UUCAUUUUUGUCCUUGUUCCACGCUUUGGUUCCAUGUGAGAAGUGCUGUUUGUUUCUGCUUCGAGAGAAAACAUGCUGCGUCGCCAGGCCAGACUGAGGCGCGAGUACCUUUACAGGAAGGCACAAGAGGACAGAGUACGAACAAUUGAGGAGAAGAAACAGAAGCUGAAGGGUGCUCUCGACGAAAACCGUCUCAUUCCCACUGAGGUGCGUAAAGAAGCUCUGCAGCUGCAGAAACUGCUGGAGUAUGAUGACGAAGGAGCUGAAGGUGUCAACUCUCACAUGGAUGAUGAGUAUAAGUGGGCUGGAGUUAAAGACCCUAAAGUCAUGGUGACAACGUCCAGAGACCCCAGCUCUCGACUCAAAAUGUUCGCCAAGGAGAUUAAGCUGAUUUUUCCUGGAGCCCAGCGUAUGAACAGGGGAAACCAUGAAAUCCCUGCGCUGGUACGAGCCUGCAAAGCGAACAACGUUACCGACCUUGUUAUUGUGCAUGAAACAAGAGGACGGCCAGAUGGACUGGUGGUGUGCCACUUGCUUGGACCCACAGCUUAUUUCACACUUUACAACGUUGUAAUGAGACAUGAUGUUCCAGACAUAGGCACCAUGUCCGAGGCUUAUCCGCACCUAAUUUUUCACAGCUUUACCUCCCGGCUUGGAAAGAGGGUAAUGAAUAUCCUGAAGUAUCUGUUUCCAGUGCCAAAAGAGGACAGUAGGCGUGUAAUCACAUUUGCCAACCAAGAGGACUUCAUCUCUUUCAGACAUCACAAUUACAAGAAAACUGACCACAAAAACAUUGAGCUGUCAGAAGUGGGACCACGGUUUGAGAUGAAAUUGUAUAUGAUCAAACUUGGUACGUUGGAGAACGAGAGCACAGCGGAUGUUGAGUGGCGUCACCAUGCAUAUACACACACCGCUAAGAAACGGAGGGUCCUCAGUGUGGAAUAGAGACGCAUGAUGCUUAACCAAACUAUCAGACAGAAUCCCCAAAAUAACAUCUCUGUAAGACUGUUUAAAAUCAUCCUGCCAAGAACUGUGUGACCAGAAUUCUACUCAGUACUCAACAGUGGCUUUGAUAAGCAAACCUUUGAAUCACAUCAGUUGCACAGUGUUAUUAUUGAAAUGUGCAGUCUUUUUUUCUUAAUCCAGUGGUAUUGCAUUUUAUAAUAAACCAUAUUUAAUGCCAAA